AUAUCUUAGCAGGAAAACUGACAGCUUCCCUCACGUUGGCGUGAUUUUAAGGGUUGCUAGGAGGUGUCGGUCUUCAUAAACCAACAGAACCGGAUCCGAACCGAUCCUGCGGGAUGGCUGGCUUGUCUUUAGCUGUCAGACUGUGUUGUUUGGACCGCAGGUUGAGUUCAGUAGCAGCCAGGACGAUUCGUGCAAAAGGUUUCGGUCCCUGUAGGUUGAGUCCAGUUGAAAGUUCAGUAUCUUUGUUCAGACAGGAGUCGUUUCUCCAGAGGAUAAUAAUCAGGGGACUGUUUGGUGGUGGAGGUGAAUCCGUUCGGCCGCAGACUCUGCAGGAUGUCGCCAAAAACAUCCGAGAGCGGCGCUGCAAAAGGGUGGUGGUGAUGGCCGGAGCCGGGAUCAGCACUCCGAGCGGCAUCCCAGAUUUCAGGUCUCCGGGCAGCGGCCUGUAUGACAACCUGCAGCAGUACGACCUGCCAUACGCCGAGGCCAUCUUCGAGAUCGGAUUCUUCCAUCGAAACCCAAAUCCCUUCUUCGCCCUGGCCAAAGAGCUGUACCCGGGUAACUACCAGCCCAACCUGACCCACUACUUUGUCCGCCUGCUUCACCAGAAGGGCCAGCUGCUGCGGAUGUACACGCAGAACAUCGACGGGCUGGAGAGACUUGCAGGAGUUCCUCCGGAGAUGCUGGUGGAGGCCCACGGCACGUUUGCAACCGCCACCUGCACCUCCUGCCUGCGGAAAUAUGACGGCGAGGAGCUCAGACCAGAGGUGAUGAGCGGGGCCGUCCCUCGGUGUCCCACCUGUAAGGGCGUGGUGAAGCCUGACAUCGUGUUUUUUGGAGAGGAACUUCCUCUGAGUUUCUUCAAGUACCUGACAGAUUUCCCACUGGCCGACCUGCUGAUCGUCAUGGGAACAUCACUGGAGGUGGAGCCGUUUGCCAGCCUGGCCGGAGCCGUGCGCAGCUCCGUGCCCCGCCUCCUCAUCAACCGGGACCUGGUGGGGCCCUUCGCGUGGGGGCGGCGGCCUCAUGACGUCACUCAGCUGGGUGACGUGGUCAGCGGCGUGAAGGAACUCGUCGACGCUCUGGACUGGACUCGCGAGCUGGACGCUCUAAUGGCGGCCGGAAGUCAGGAAAUUUGAUGAUUUUUCUGGGUUUUUAAAUUUGUUAAGAUUUGUUGUUUCUUCUUCUGAGUUUUGCUCUGAUUUUCAGAGCAGAAGAAACUGAGCAGAACUCGGUUUGUUUGCUCUCAGUUUUAUGAGAAAUCAAAGUCUGUGACGUCCGACGGCGUAUGAGGGCCAUUGUAGAUAAUAUAAAAGGAGGAGUAAAUUUCUGCCAAAAAACUCAAAAA